AAGUUAGUGGGGCUGUCUCAGUACGCGCUAGAAGCGGCGGUGAGUUGGUCCGAUCUCUAUGGAGGUGACGGAGGGAAGCGCUCGGUGGCUGCUGUGGUGACUCGGAGGCCCGUCCUGCCAUUUACGCUCUCCCCCCCUCCCUACCCCAGCCCCGAUCCCCGGCUCCCUCUCCCCCUCCCUUCUCUCGCCUCUCCCCAGCCCUCGCCGCCGCCGGUCCUGGGGACGCUGACGAGACUCUAGGGAAGGUGAGGGGAUCUUUGUUGUUGGUUAAGGUGAUGGGUUGCGGGCGGGCGGCGGCGGAGCCCUCUCUGCUGGUACCUAGGAGCGCUCCGGCGCCGGUAUUGCGGGUGGGGAAACGAGGAACGCUGCCGGGACCAGGCUGCCAACACGCAAAAUGGCCGCUGCCUAAAACGGCCGCCAUCUUGUCCUCGCUGCUGCACGUUCGCUCUGAGGCGCAAAAUGGCGGCCGCCGCCGGGAUCCCGGUUCCCUCAGCCGGCGUCUGGGAAGGCCUUGCCUUUGUCUGAGAGCAGCCGGCGUCGCGCGAUGAAGGUGCGACGCCGAUGUGCUGCGGUGUCUCUUCCUAACCUAUUCAUGCGCUGCAGAAGGGCAAGAGGGAGAGUAGUACCUCUGGUGGUUCAUUUUCGGAGCCCCCCCUCCUGUUCUGUGGGACUGGGAGAAACGCCGCCGCCAGCCCCACCCGGCGGCCCCCACAUCUUCUUAAUACGUGUCUCCAUCUCCUGCUGCCCGGGAAAAGUCCCGUCCCCCGCCCUUUGGGCUCAGUCAGCGCGGCGGCUGGCCGCCGGUCGGGUUAUGCCUGGCCGCCGAGAACAAAGAGCGGGCCUAGUCUCCGGAUGGGCGCCGAGCCUGCAAACGGGCGGUGCCCUGCGGCCCGCGGGGAGGGAAGGGCCGGGGGUGGGUUGGGGAGGACGGGGGCUGGGGCGGGCUCGUGCCUGUUGGGAGAUCGGGUGGGUGGGCCGCUUCCGCCGCCUUUUGUUUGGCAGUAGCCAUGCCGCCUGGUCUCGCCUCCCUCGCACGCGGUUUUAAGGCUAGGCCGCCGCCUUGGGAGGACGGGAGCCACGUGUGGCGCUGAUGUGGCGCUACAUGAAUGAAGGCUCCGAUCUCGGCUUUACUCGGGAGUAAGCCUCCUGGAAGCCAGAUUGGGCUAUGCAGGGCGGAGAGCCUAAUGCUAAGUGUCGUAGCAAAGGAGCUCCGUUUGAGAGUGUCUACAAUGGUUUCCAUUCUCUGUGGGGGGGGAGGUUUUAUGACCUGUUGUCUGUUAGUUUCUCCUCUUUUAAGUUUAAACCGUUCAUAUUAAACAUAUCCUCUGUAGACAGACUUGAUGCUUGGUUCUCAUAAGCCUACAAUACAGGGUAUUAAAAAUUAAAAUACAAUAUGUAGUUUUUCUUGUGUGUCACUUAUCGAGAUUCCUGGAUUUAGAAGAGAUUUAUAAUGCAGACUUUGUUUUGAAUUAAUGUUGUGCGCAAAAUAUAGAUAGGCAGGCAGUAACAUUCUAGGAAAUUAAUCAGAGUAGAUGAGAGAUCUAAGUUAUUGACAAUACAGUAUAUUGAUUUAUACUGCAGUCUUAGACAUGUCUGUUCAGAAGUAAGCCCUGUUGAAUUCAAUGUGACUUACUCCCAGGUAAGUGGAGUUAGGAUUGCAGCUUUGGGCUUUAACUCUUAAUCGUUUUUGUUUUGCUAGUGAGACUUUGGUAAUCAGAAACUUACAAUGUAAACUUUGAUUGUCUCCUAGGUUUUGUUUUUCCCUAUCCUGUCAAUUUAUUAUUCUUUUGAAGAUUCUUCAUUGUCAAGCCGCCAAAGUGGAGAGUGCGAUUGCAGAAGGGGGUGCUUCUCGUUUCAGGUAUGUAAAACUAGAUUUUAUGGUGAAGUAGAUGGAAAAGCAAAGCAGCUUAAUUGUUAAUGCCUUCUGUUAUUUAACAACCUUGAUCUGCAGUUGGAAGCAAACAGUGCAGUCAAAUGUACAUGGCAAGUAGUGGUAUUACACUAGUGCAACUGAACCGUUCAGGGCCUUAUACAAGGGAGUCUGUAGGGCAUGGGGAAUAGCAGCCAGCUUGUUUGUCAACAGGGUUACUCCUUUCCUCCCCUGUUAAUAGUGUAAUCAAGAUAGGCAAGACCCACAACUCACAUGGAUAUAACUGUCAGAAAACCAUACAAAGGGGCACAAGAAAAUAGUACUGUGCCCAAGCCACUGAGCAAGUUGUUUCUUCCCCUACACUAGUCCCACUGCUGGAAAACUCCUUGGGUUGGUUGGAUUCUGAAAUACUAAUCUAAUACAAGUUGCUUUUGUUGCAAAACAACUCAUAACUAACUGUCAAACGUUGGGGACUUUGUUUCUAAUAGUGCUUCUUCGGGCGGAGGAGGAGGUAGGGGUGCACCUCAGCACUAUCCCAAGACUGCCGGCAACAGGUAUGUCAGCUUAGUAUUUUGAAUACUACCUUGGCUGUGGCUUCAUGAAAUGAAUGAGAAACUACAUUUGGGGAUAUUGAAGAAAAGUUGAAACAUAAGGUUUAGUUUGCAAAGCUGUUAAUUUCUCAGUCUGGUUGAGUGGUAAAUUGGAAAGAAAACUAAUCAGUGUAGCAAUCACCAGAAAAACUUAAACCAGGAAUUAUUCAAAUGAUACUUCCGUUCCACAUCUGUUGAUAUGUUACUUGUGAGAUCCAUGCUGCUGAAGAAGGUGGAGUAAAAAAGAAGGAAAAGGGAGUGGUAGAAAUGUCAUCCAGUCUUGAAAGCUGGUCUUGGUGGAUUGUAGUUUUAAGUUGAACUUAAGUGUACUGAAUUAACACGGGAACAUAUGAGUUCUAACCUUUGAUUCUUUUGUUUACAAAAUAAAGCGAGUUCCUGGGGAAAACCCCAGGGCAAAACGCUCAGAAAUGGAUUCCUUCACGAAGCACUAGACGAGAUGACGACUCCGCAAAUGACAAAGAAAGACACGAUGCAAUCUUCAGGAAAGUAAGAGGGUAAGUUCUGAGAAAAAGGAACUGUGAGUAGAAGCCUACGGCCAAGAAUCGACUGAUACCUACAGAUCAAUAUGUGAAGUGCACUUCCCGAUGUGCUGCUUUUUUUGGUUGUUCGUUUUAAACCAUAUUUGGUUAGAUCACAAUCCUGCAGCAAUUACUGGCAGUAUUCCCUGUUGGACACUUGGAUCAGGCAUGCCCAAGUUAUGACCCACCAAGAUGAAUGCAGCCGAUCUUGAGUGACCUCCUAGGAUGCUUGACAAUCAUCUUGACACUCAGUUUCAGGCAGAAAGCAACACUAGAAAGCUUUUACUGAGCUGCUGCUGGUUUAGGGUCAGGUUGGUGGGUAAAAACAGCAUGUGUUGGCAUGGUGUAGGCCCUAGAUCUAAAAUUGUUGUGCCUUCAGGCAUCCUAGCCCACAGUUCUGAAAGCUGCACACUUUGAGGUUGCCCAUACUGUGCUAGACUUAAUCUUCCAGUUUUGCCCCAGUCCCACAUUCUCCUUGGCCCUUGCAUUUAGUAGUUUCAUGUCUCUGCCACCCAUGGUUUAUUUAGAUUAUUGCUUCUUCUGCAUGACCUUUGUGCGGUCUAUUAAAUGGAUUCUGUACCUGCGCCGAGACCCAUCUAAAAAACUUAAAGCUAGCCUAGAGUUUUGACAGGUACCCCACCUGUCAGGCACACAAAGCAAGGGAUGUGCCUCCUAUCUUACGCUUUUUUGACUGCUGCAAUAGUAGGACCAUUCAGAAAACUGCCAUCACCUACUUCUGAUUACCCAUGGUGGGAUUCACCUAACCAGGCCCAUCAGUGAAGGCCUUUUGCAAAUACUUGUGCUUUUGCAAUGGGGUUUUCUCAUUUGUCUGCAUGCCCACUGGGCUCCAAAAAUUGAGACAUGGGUUGGAACAAACUCUAGAACAGUGCACAGGAGGGAGAGGGGGAUUGUGAGCAUGUGGCAUUGAAUUCCAGCCCCUAUCUUUUGAUCUAAUUCUUUUCCUCCUGCCCUUAGCAUAUUUCCUGGCUUUAAAUGUUGUGAAGGUUUGCCCAAGUCGUCUCUUGCUUGUUUCAAGCUAUAUUCAUCUGUCCUUACUAUAGUUUUGGUUUUGUUAUCUGCUGUACUCCCUUGCUUCAGUAUCUUUGUAACUUAGUUUUCUUAUAUCCUUCGCUGUCCUCAGCCUGUCCUACCGUGGGGUUUUAAACCAGCAAUACUCAUGUUCCUUCACAGAAGUUGAACUGUAAUCUACUUAGUUUUUGAGUAGCUCUAUAUUUGGUGCCACCACACCGCCUCAGCGAGUUGAUGAUGGAAGCUUUAUUUAUGCAAGCUCAGUACAAAAUAGAUAGAAUACACAAUAUGUUUGCAACUUUUCCUGCAAAAAUUGCAUUGGAACACAAACUGUUAGGAAAAGCUGGUACUGGUUAUGGAUUCCUAGACAUUUUUUAAAGCCACCUAUAAUAGACAGAAGGGACGCGGGUGGCGCCGUGGGUUAAACCACAGAGCCUAGGACUUGCCGAUCAAAAGGUCGGUGGUUCAAAUCCCCCCAACAGGGUGAGCUCCCGUUGUUCGGUCCCAGCUCCUGCCAACCUAGCAGUUUGAAAGCACGUCAAAGUGCAAGUAGAUAAAUAGGUACCGCUUCAGCGGGAAGGUAAACGCCGUUUCCGUGCGCUGCUCUGGUUCGCCAAAAGCGGCUUAGUCAUGCUGGCCACAUGACCUGGAAGCUGUACGCCGGCUCCCUUGGCCAAUAAAGCGAGAUGAGCGCUGCAACGACUGGACCUAAUGGUCAGGGGUCCCUUUACCUUUAUAAUAGACAAAGCUAUAAAAAAAGGGAUUCUGCAGAGAUGCUUAUACAGUUUCCUUGUUUUGUUUCCUUUCAGCAUAUUAAAUAAGCUUACUCCUGAAAAGUUUGACAAGCUAUGCCUUGAGCUCCUCAAUGUGGGUGUAGAGUCUAAGCUCAUCCUAAAGGGGAUCAUACUGCUGGUAAGUGAAUAUACACUUAUUAGAAAAGUUAUGAUUAAAAAAAGUAAUUGUUCUACCAUAUAAUGCAGGUGUAACGUGGGGGGGGGGAACAAGCUUGAAAGUUACAUAUCUAUAACAGCUUUAGCACUGUUCCUCGCUUGAUCCAGAUUGGAUAGAGUCCCUUAUCUAAUGUCCAUUAAAGGGGAUAGCAGGAGGACUCAAAACAUCACAGACCUUUUCAUCCAAUCCAAUUAUGCUUCAGUUGUGAAAUAAAGUUGUUCUAAAGAGGAACUACACCCCAAAUGAAGUUUCUACAAACAGCAACUUUGGGUCUGGUCAGUGGUUGUCUGAGCAACCACUGUGUUUAUCUGUGCUUGCAACCUUUCUUCACUUAGCAAGUAGUGUUGCAUUUUCAUGAGCUGAUACAAUGAUCCUUGUGACCACUUAUAGAAGAGACUUAAGUAAACCAGAUUAGUUUGUAAUUUGACUUGCAUAAACAGAAAAUGUUUAUAAACCCUUUUAUAACUAUUUGAGAUGAAAUACUAUUGUAAACAAUUUUAGUUCUUCGGAACAAAAAUUUUCAGGUUUUUAUCAUUGCAUUAUCUUACAUCUUGAGGAACAAUUCUUGCACUGUAUUGGAGCAAUGAGUGUAGCUCCACAGAUAUCCCAACCUCUGCAUCCAGCUCUAUGACAACAUUGGAUGGAUGGGGAGGCAAGAGUAUGGUUAUCUGGUAUCCCACAACUGUCCUCACCAGUUGAGAAACAACAAAAUAAUUUGCCUAGUGUGGGGCACUGCUAAGGCAGUCUGGCAACCAGUCAAAUAAAAGCCAGCUCUUUGCUUCUCUUACUCAUUGUGGGAUCCCAGAGUUAGGGUAUCUAUGGGUGUGUGCUACAGUCACAUCAAAGUAAGCCUUGUGUCUUGAAAUUUAGUGAAUAGCCAAUAUGCUUGCAUUGCACUGAUUGCUAACAUUGGAAGGGGGUAGGGAAAGGGUGGUGUUGAACCUGCAGCUGUGCACUUAGCAUAUCAUGCACAAAUGAAGCAACAUAGGAUCUGCUGCUGAAGAGUUAUUUAUACUCUGGUUCUUCCAAAUAAUUCGGGAAAGCCUUUUUCUCUAGAUCGUAGACAAAGCCCUUGAAGAGCCAAAAUAUAGCUCGCUAUAUGCUCAACUAUGUCUGCGACUGGCAGAAGAUGCACCCAACUUUGAUGGCCCAUCAGCAGAGUGUCAUCCAGGACAGAAGCAAAGCACAGUGAGUACAAACGUCUUGUCAGACUAAUGCCAAUGUGAGAAUUAGUUUUGUGUAACUACAAGGUGUUAAAUUACUGCCUUUUUAUUUCUAGACAUUCAGACGCCUCUUAAUUUCUAAACUUCAGGAUGAAUUUGAAAACCGCACCAGAAAUGUUGAUAGUAAGACUUCGAAAAAAUUUUAAUGUAAUUCCUGUUUUGCUUCAUAUGUUAUACAAACAGAACAACAUCUCUUAUCUCUCUCUUUUUUAAAGUCUAUGAUAAGCAUGAUGCCCCCCUCCUCCCCGAGGAGGAGGAACAGAGAGCCAUUGCUAAGAUCAAGAUGCUGGGAAACAUCAAAUUCAUUGGAGAACUUGGCAAGCUUGAUCUUAUUCAUGAAUCUAUCCUUCAUAAGUGCAUCAAAACAGUAAGUGGUGCUUUUUCUUCAUUUAGGCAGAAAAUUCUAAUUAUAUGUGGAAUAAUAACUGGCAACAUAUAAUAAUAAUAAUAAUAAUAAUAAUAAUAAUAAUAAUAAUAAUAAUAAUAUCUUUAUUGUCAUUGCCCCCUUCGGGGACAACGAAAUUACUUGACUGCUCCAUAAAAACACUAAUUAAUCAAUACAGUAUAAUACAGCAAGGGAGAUUAGAUGACUUUCAAAGUCCGGGCUUCCCAUUCAGGGCCGAGAUCGCUCUGGAGAAGAAGCUGUUCUUAAGACGGCUCGUUCUUGUCUUCAUCGUCCUGUAUCUCCGUCCCGACGGCAAGAGCUCGAAGAGACAGUGACCAGGAUGCGAUGGAUCUUUUACUAUGUCCAGUGCCUUCCUAUGGCACCUUGUGGCAUAAAUCUGCUCUAAGGUGGAGAGUGGGCAGCCAACAAUGCUCUCUGCUGCCUUAACAACCCUGCACAACCCCAUCCUGUCCUGGGUAGUACAGCUUCCGUACCACACACAUAAGCCAUAAGUGAGCACGCUCUCAAUGGCACAGUGAUAUUACAUUGAUAUUUAGUUUAGUGAGAUUUUAUGUGACAUGUACUGAAAUGGUAACAAAAAACGAGUUAGUAGGUGCAAUUUUAAUUUUUUUGCUUUAAAAAAAUCAGCUUUUGGAAAAGAAGAAGAGAGUCCAACUCAAGGAUAUGGGAGAGGAUUUGGAGUGCCUCUGUCAGAUAAUGAGGACAGUAGGACCUAGACUAGACCAUGCAAAAGCCAAGGUAAGCAUUGCCUAAAUUGCGUAGGUUUGUUGCUGUCUUGUAGUUUUUAUGUUUAUGCUCUUAGGAAACAGUAUAAUGGUUUUGUGUGCUGUAUUUUAUUUAUGGCAGCUUAUUAUUUUAUACAGAAGUAUUGCUAUGUCAGUCUGGAGUAGACAUUGAUGAACUUGCACUGUAAAAUGUUCAGUAGUAAAUAACUGCUUUACAGCAGGACUGUUAACUAGGAAAAAUUGAAGGCCAGAACCAAGACAUUUCCUCUGGUCUUAUUUAGACUUGUACGUAGAAUGUUCUGGUUCCAAUCUCUGUAUAAAUUUUAAAGAAGCUUGCUUCUGAUGAUGUAUGUUGUAAGCCCUUCACUUGAAUACACAUUGCAAAUUUCUCUCAACAGUCCUUAAUGGAUCAGUACUUUGCCCGUAUGCGCUCCUUGAUGAUGAGUAAGGAAUUGCCGGCAAGGAUUCGUUUCCUGCUGCAGGUAAGAGCAUAAAAUUGUUUAUUUUGGCAGGUUAUGUAUUUUUGGCAUAUAUCCUUGAACUUAAUAUUCUGUUUCUUUAUUAUUUAAGGAUACUGUGGAGUUGAGAGAACACCGUUGGGUUCCUCGCAAAGCUUUUCUUGACAAUGGACCAAAGACUAUCAAUCAAAUCCGUCAAGAUGCAGUGAAAGUACGUAUUUAUCUAGGCAAAUGCUGUACUUAGGUAUGUGGCUCAACAGACAUGCUGCUGUCUGGUUGAGGAACCCUGCUGAAUAGGAUGAGCUGUGGUAUUGGGAACGGGACGGUGGCGGGGUAUUACCUGAAAAUCGGAUGAAAACUGAUUGCAUGGGCAGAGCUCACGCUCUAGUUGUCCCCACUCAGCUACUGGGAAUCAGCUGUGCCGUAUCACCCCAUUCGGCUGGGGUUACUUGACCUUUGGAGUGGUGGGUUACCGGCCGCAGUGAGGAGAGGCAGGGAGGUUUGCUUCUAUGAACCUUUAUUACAUGUGCUUAUAUCUGGAUCUAUCCCAGUGGGUAUCUACUUAUCAUAGACUUGGGAUCUCCUGUUUUAACUUAAUUACAUAAUUUAACAUUUUGUUUUUAAGGAUCUGGGAGUUUUUAUUCCUCCUCCUAUGUCUCAAGGAAUGAGAAGUGACUUCUUUCUGGAGGGACCGUUCAUGCCACCCAGGAUGAAACUUGACAGGGAUCCACUUGGAGGGCUUGCUGAUAUGUUUGGACAAAUGCCUGGUAAUUCCUUCAACUUUAGGAAGUAAUAAUAUCUUUUCAAUGCACUUUAUGUAGCUAUGUUAAGAUACUGUAGGCUGAUUGAUUGUUUGUUUGUUUUUAUUAAACAGGUAGCGGAAUUGGUACUGGUCCAGGAGUUAUUCAAGAUAGAUUUUCACCCACCAUGGGGCGACAUCGGUCAAAUCAACUUUUCAAUGGCCAUGGGGGACACCUCAUGGCCCCUGCUCAAUCCCAGUUUGGAGAACUAGGCAAAUCCUUUUUGAAAAAUCCAGUAAGUGAUCUUAGUGAAAGCAAUACUACGCAUCUGAUUCUUGCAAAUUCCUCGAUAAGAAGGAUAAAUAAUUUAAUACGUUGCUUAAUGUUAAAUAAGCUUCACAGAAGGCUCUUAACAAUUAAUUCUUUCCUACUCAAGUAGUAGGUUCCAAGGCUUUCUGUUCCACAAUUGAUAAAACUAAAAUUCUGCCAUCAUUUGUCUGAAGUAACUAUUGUAUCUUAUGAAUCCGCAUUAGUGGUUGUAAAGAUUGAGCUGUGAACCAAAAAGUUCCCAGGUCGUGUUUCACCUCUGCCAUGCUUGAGCAAGCCAUUGCAUCACACAUAUUUAUACUCACUCUAUCAAAAUGAUCUCCAAAGUAGCUUAACAUACAUUACUUCCUUGCUUUGAAAUGAAUUGUUAUUAUCUCUUGAUAGCGAAGAUAAUACUGACCUUAACAGUAUUGUUGUAAAGAAUGCACGUGAAGUACUUUAGACACUUAACACUAUAUAAAAAGAGCAAGUACUGGGAUGUGGUGGUCUUCAUCUCCCUUUCACUCUCCUUGAAAACAGGGGCAAAGCCAACUAUACCAUAAUCAGAAUCAGGGACUUCUAUCCCAACAACAAGGGUCGUCCAAGGAUAUGCCGCCACGGUUUUCUAAGAAAGGACAGCUUAAUGCAGAUGAGGUAUACACUUAAGUCUGAACAGACUUGGUCCUAAAUGAAAUGCCCGAUGAUUAUAAAAAGACGCGUUAUUAUGAGGACCAAUGCUGGAACUCCCUCCCUAACUUCUGCCUCUUAACUUUUUUCUCUUUUUUCUCUUUCCGCCUGCCCCUUUUCCUCUUCUUCCUUCUCCCCUCCCCCGGGAGUCUCCAGUGUCCUGUGAACAAGAUUAUGAGAUAUGAGGGCAAUAUGUUCAUAAAGAAAGAGCAGUUGAAGUACACUGAAAAUUUCAGAUAAUGGUUGGGGGCAUAAAGGGCCAUGGUAAAAUGGCAUCUCCCUCAAAACUAGUUCCCUACUUAGUCAUGCUGUUGCUGAGGCUUAUUAAAUGCUUGUGGAUAACGUGCAACACUCGCUACAACACUAACAGAACUCUUGCUGCAGAAUUCUUAACCUCUCCUCUCUCUCCACAGAUUAGCCUGAGGCCUGCUCAAUCUUUCCUAAUAAACAAAAACCAAGUGCCAAAGCUUCAGCCCCAGAUAACUAUGAUUCCUCCCAGUGCACAGCCACCACGUACUCAGACACCACCUUUGGGACAGGUAAAGUUACCCAUGGAUGACAGCUGUGGUUAAUGUUGUAGCUGGGUGGAAAGUUAGAGAAUUAUGACCACUUGCCUGGAGCAUGUGGAAUGCUGUCUCCAGGGAGGCUUGCAUGGCGCCUUCAUUACAUAUCUUUAGGCACCAAGCAAAAACAUUCCUGUUCAUGCAGGCAUUUGACAAACAAUCUAUGGCCUUUUAAGCUAUGGCAGGGGGAGUAUCGCUUUUCUUAACUAUUGUGUGUGCUGUUUAAUAUAACCCACCCAGAUGAAGAUGAAGGUAUAGAAAUUUUAAUAGUAACCUGGCAGCCCACUACCUUUAAUGUGGCUGUGGGGAUUGAGAACACAGUAUCCUGAAUAAGACUCUCCAUAAGAGAGUUGCAGCUUAUGUCUUCAGCAAGUCUGUCCUUAUAUUUAAGUGUUCAGAAGACCAAAAGCUUUUACAGCAGGACCCUUUUCUCCCCAUGCUUGCUUGUUUGGGAGUAUGUUGAAGUAAACUUGGAGACUUCUCUUGUGACCCUAAAUUAUGGAACUCUCUUUGCCACAGAGGUGUGCAUGGUUUCCAUGCUGUAAAUUUCCAAGCAUGUUUUAAAAGCUUGAGCUGCUUCCCCCCCUCCCUCCUCUACCAUGGGAAGCUAAAUCAGUUUGUUGUUUGCAGCUGGCCAACCCCUUAGAUAAUAGUUAUGCUCCUGUGUUGGAACGUUUCAAUACUGUUCUGCACCACCUUGGGUGCACCCUGCCCACCAAAGGUGACUUUUAAAUGAUUUUUUUGAACAGAACAUGUGUGUGAUUAGGCCUAAUAGAAAAGUGCUGGCUUUCAUUGUGGAAUUUUGGUCCUUUGUUGUGGGUACUCUAGGAAGUUUGGGCACAACACCCUGGUAGUGGGUCCAUGUCCGUUUUGAGAGUUGUGUGGCCAAAUAAUUCAGAGUUUGAAUCCAGCAACUUAAAUUGUUUCUGAGUAAAUAACACUUUGUCACUUGUUUAAUUUUCUAAUGAGGGCUUUUUACUUUUCAAGCCACCUCAGCUUGGUCUCAAGACAAAUCCACCACUUAUCCAGGAGAAACCUGCAAAGACAACUAAAAAGCCACCACCUUCUAAGGAAGAGUUGCUCAAAAUGACAGUAAGUUUCACUAAGUAUUCUUGUGCAGGCAGCUUCCAGCUUCCUAUGGCUGUUACAGGAGUGGGCUUUUUGUUCUGUUUUAUGGUCUAGCAUGGUUUAUUUGUUUUUAACUGUGUUAUAAAUCACUUUGAGACCUUUGGGUAACAAGUAUAAUAAAUAAUGCUAUCAUUAUUAAGAGCAAGCAUUUUUCUCUUUCAGGAAACUGUUGUAACUGAAUAUCUGAACAAUGGAAAUGCCAACGAUGCAGUCAAUGGUGUGAGAGAAAUGAGGGCGCCAAAACACUUUAUCCCUGAGAUGCUAAGCAAAGUAAUACUUCAAUCAUUGGAUCGAUCAGAUGAAGAUAAAGAAAAAGCAAGUGCUCUGAUCAAUUUACUUAAGCAGGAAGGGAUAGCCACUAGUGACAACUUCAUGCAGGUACUAUAUUUGUAAUAAUUUUGAGCUCUUUUGUGGUCUCAUUAUAUAUAUUGUGCUUUUUAAUCAUUUGAUUAAGCAUCUUUUCCCCAUUCAUAUAGGUGAUCUGUGUCUUAAAACUGAGUAGGACCUCUUAUUUCAGUGAAGGGGGAUCCAUGGAUAGGUUGUUCUGUCCACUGCUCACUCUACUGGGCAGGCUGAUCCAGAUUAUGAUACGUCCCCCUUCAUAGCGGGAUGGACAGCCCAUCUCCUUGAGUACUUCCAGUCCAGAUCUGCUGCUCUGUGCUCUCUCAAGGAUAUUCUGUUGUGGACUGCAUAAUGGGCAGAGCCAUAAACAAAAGUCCUUCCAGUUCCAAAAAAAAGGUGACAUAAAAAGAUUGGAUCAGGAACAACCCUUUAACCUCAGGUCCUGGGGGAAAGUGCAGCCCUGUAGGCCCCAGCCUGGCCUUUGGGGCUCUUCUCCAGAAACACCACCUUCCCAAGUGGCCCUAUUCUAUACCUGGCUGAAUUGUGUCCUUAAAUUAUCAUAAUAGUUCUAGAUUGGCUCAGUGGAGGUGUACAGAAAUCUGAGUUUUGUGUAGCUAUACAAAAAUUACAUCCAUAGCCCUGCCCGCUUUUUCUUUUGGCAAAAUGGCAUUUGGCUCCCAAUGUGAAUAAAGGUGUCGUUCCCCGUCCCCCGUCCCCCCCCCAGUUUUAAAUGGCUUGGAAACUAGUAGGAAGGAAGGAACUUGGAGGUGGAAGCAUGUAGCAGGCUCUGGAUGCCCACUUGAAUAUUUGAGAUCUCUAGACUUGUUCUUUGUUUACAUUGUUUGGCUGCCCUAACGUGUGGACAUGUAAUAAAAAGAUAAUGAAUGCAAACAAAUUUUUCUUCUUUUUCUUUCAGGCAUUCCUAAAUGUAUUGGACCAGUGUCCUAAACUGGAGGUAGACAUCCCUCUGGUAAAAUCCUAUCUAGCACAGUUUGCAGCCCGUGCCAUAAUCUCAGAACUAGUGAGCAUCUCAGAACUAGCUCAACCAUUGGAAAGUGGCACCCAUUUCCCCCUCUUCUUGCUUUGCCUUCAGCAGUUAGCUAAGCUACAGGACCGUGAAUGGCUAACAGAACUCUUCCAACAGAGCAAAGUCAAUAUGCAGAAGAUGCUGCCUGGUAAGGGAACAAAAUGUUGUUUCAUUUAUUUUUAUUUUUCUAAGACUGUAACUGGGCCUAAUACAUAAAAAGUUGGGAAAUAACACAUUAAAGACUUAACUCUUCAGAUUGUGAACAAAAGCAGGGAUGGCCACAACAUUGGGUUAGGUGACAAGCCUGAAUGUUAAUUUGGAUUUUUUAAAAAUAAUUUGUUACAGAGAUUGACCAGAAUAAGGAUCGUAUGCUGGAGAUCUUGGAAGGAAAAGGACUUAGCUUCUUGUUUCCACUUCUAAAACUGGAAAAGGAGCUCUUAAAGCAAAUAAAGUUGGAUCCAUCCCCUCAAGCGAUCUAUAAAUGGAUUAAAGACAACAUUUCACCGAAACUUCAUGUAGAUAAGGGAUUUGUUAAUAUUUUGAUGACCAGGUAAGAUGCACAUCUUAAAGCAGUUCUGUACCAUGAAUGUCCUUGCUUUAAGUAGGUGUGCUUUAUAAUAUGUGGGGUUAAUAUUGGGGUUCACAAAUCUCUUAAAUUCAUAACUUAUAUCAAGGAGUCCUUGUUAGUCUUUUGAGAUACAGUGCAUGUCUUCUUGCAGGGACAGUGGUUGUCUAUAAACAGUUGAGUCAAACGUAUGCUAUUGUUUCAGUUUCUUGCAGUAUAUUUCUAGUGAAGUAAACCCACCUAAUGAUGAACCAGAUUCUUCAUCUGCUCCUUCUAAAGAGCAGUUGGAGCAAGAAAAACAGCUGCUUCUUUCCUUUAAGCCGGUAAUGCAGAAGUUCCUUCAUGACCAUGUUGAUCUACAAGUGAGUGCCCUGUAUGCGCUCCAAGUGCACUGCUACAACAACAAUUUUCCAAAAGGUAUGGAUUCAAUCUUCUGUUUCUCCAUGCAGGAGAAAGCCCUUGAGCCUCAGCUUGUUAUGUGAGGGUUUGGGGAGAAUUCUAGCAAACAUAUGCACUGCAAUCUGCACUAUUGGUGUUUAAAAAAAACCAGAAAAAAAUUGUUGUGCUUGCUUUGUUUUUAGGCAUGUUAUUGCGCUUCUUUGUUCAUUUCUAUGAUAUGGAAAUCAUUGAAGAAGAAGCUUUUCUGGCAUGGAAAGAAGACAUUACUCAAGAGUUUCCAGGGAAGGGCAAAGCUUUGUUCCAGGUAAACCAUCUCUUUGUAAUCUCUUAAUUUGCUGCUACAAUAAGUUCUAUAGUUGGAAUUUAUUUGAAGUAUUUGGACCCUGUAAAGCUGGCAAACGAGGGCAUUGGAAUCUGCCUUGCCAACAAAUUCAAAAUUUUGAUUUAUAUAAAGCUAAAAGGGUAAAAUGAUUAAAUUUACUUUUCUUUGAUUUGUAGUAUGUGGUGAUUUAAUAACGUGCAGGGCCAGUCUCCAUGAAUAUGUGAUAAACCAUUUGUCAUUCUUGACUGUUAAUGUUAUAAUGGCUUAAUUACAGGUAAACCAGUGGCUGACCUGGCUGGAAACUGCUGAGGAAGAAGAAUCUGAGGAAGAAGCUGACUAAACCAGCCAAAGCCUUAAAUUGUGCAAACAUACUGUUGCUAUGAUGUAACUGCAUUUGACCUAACCACUGCGAAAACUCAUUCCGCUGUAAUGUUUUCACAAUAUUUAAAGCAGCAGUAGGUCAAUAGGACUUGCUUCUGCAUAAGGGUUUUUGUAGUAUGUCUUAAUCAUAGUCUACCAUAAAAAUAUUUUAGAGUAUAUUUAAUGUUUAGAUAACAGUGUAUUAGCAGCAUGCAAUAAUUACAUCAUAAGUUCAGAAGCAGUCUGUGUAAGGAUCUUCUUUGAUGCCAGUUACCAUAGGCUGUUCGUUAGAAAUCUGAAUAGCAACACUGAAUACUGUAGAAAUGCACUUUGCUCAGUGUAAUACUUGAGUUGUUGCAAUAUUUGAUUAUCCAUUUGGUUGUUACAGAGAAUCCUUAACUGUAAUCGAUGGUGGUUGCCGUAAUAGUAUAUUGCCUGUAUUUCUACCUCUAGUAAUGGGCUUUAUGUGCUAGAUUUUAAUAUCUUUGAGCCUGGGCAAGUGCACAAGUCUUUUUAAAAAGAAACAUGGUUUACUUGCACAAAAUUGAUCAUUUUGAAGAGGUGGAUAAAUGCCCUUGGAAGUGGUCUUUGUGGGUGUGAAAUAAAAUGGUGAGAAACUGAAUUGGUCCCUAUUAUAGUAUUGAAAUUAAGUCUACUUAAUUUAUCAAGACAUGUUCAUGCCCUGAUUUUAUAUACUUGUAUCUAUCAAUAAACAUUGUGAUACUUGAAUAUCUGUUGAAAUGCCUGCUCUUUAAAAUUUGUUUGCCAAAGAAAAUAGAUAUUGAAGCUGGAAUUACUUGACAGGCUUUCUGAGUGGUCCCCAUCUUUGUGUAAUCUGAAUGAAGACAAACAUGCUUUGGGGGGGUGCACUAGCAUGCCAUAAUGCAUGCUUUAGAAUAAUCUAUAGGGCUGGAGUGCAAGUGGCAUGUAUUAAGCUCUUGAUGAGUCUAGCAGCUUCUAGAACAUUGGCCAAAAAUUAGUUUGAGGGACUGGCAGGGAUUAAGCAUGCAGGUACAUCCUUAGAAUUCCCCGAUCAUUGCCUCGUGAUACCACAGGUUGUAGCAACAGCCACUACCUUAAAUGGCUUACUUUUAAAAAGCAUUUGAUUUAUCCUGCAUGUAACUCCCAAUAUAUUAGCUUCUGGGGGACAAAUGUGAAAAUAAUCAUGGCGCUGCUCAAAGCCAUCUGGUUAACUUGGUGGAAACAAUUCUGGAAGACAAAAAAAUUGUCUGAUCCAGCAACAGCUUCUUAUUUCACAAAAAUAAAAAGCAACUGCAAAUAAUCACCAGGAGUCUAAAACAUGCUAAUAAUACUGUGUAGCAAACUAAAUUUUGCCUGCAUAGUUUUCCUAAAUCUAUUCAAAGGUUGGCUUUUUCAUCCUUUUAAAGCAAGAGACAUUUUUAUGUCCUGUUAUGGCCAAUGGAUGCUCUUGUUCAACCGUCUAAACCCCAGGCAGGCAGAAGACCCUCUGAGGUGGACCUCGGUGUCUGGGCUGAAUGAUGGGGAUGGAGAUGCUCCUUCAGGUAUACUGGGCCGAGGCCAUUUAGGGCUUUAAAGGUCACCAAUGCUUUGAGUUGUGCUCGGAAACUUACUGGCCAGUGAAGAUCAUUUAGGACCAGUGUUAUAUGGUCCCGGCAGCCAUUCGUGGUCACCAGUCUAGCUGUCACAUUUUGGAUUAGUUGUAGUUUCGGAGUCACCUUCGAAGGAGCAUAUUGUAGUAGUCCCAAGUUGGAGAUAACCAGAGCAUGAGCCACUCUGGGAAAAUGGUGCGCAACCAGGUAGGGUUCUGCUGGCACACCAGACGGAGCUGGUAGACAGCUGCCCUGGACCCAGAAGUGACCUGCCACCAUGGACAGCUGUGAGUCCAAAAUGACUCCCAGGCUGCACACCUGGUCCUUCAGGGGCACAGUUAUCCCAUUCAGUGCUGGUGGGGAGAAAACAACUUUGCUACUGAUUGCUCCGGGCAAAAGUCUCCCGCUUGUGUUUCUAAUGUGUAUCCACAAUCCUCUUAAAAUUGGUCCCCUAUAGGGCAGCAGAAGCUGGCCAAUAUAUUAGCAAUGCACUGCUUUAGUAUGUAUCUGUUUUUGUUCAUAUUUUAAAACAUAGGUUUUUGUAACAAUCAUUAGCUAUGUGUUUAUUUUUGUUCACGCAAGCUUCUGGUAGGCAUGGAGUUUCCUACUAGAGCCCACCAGGGCAUCACCAGGUCAAUUUGCUUCUGUAGGAGAAGCUACCUUCCACCUUGUAGACCAAAGUGGAAGCAGCUGGCAACCGCAAAAUCUGAUGGGGAUCUAUGACACACAAGUAGGGCUACUCUGCAUUAUCCAUAGAUCUGUACAUUUGCAAUCAACUGUCGGC